CACCUCGAAGGGGGGAUGGGGGAUUUCGUCGUCGAUCGUUGAUCGUUGAAUCAUCCAUCAAACAUCUCUUUACUGUAAUUACUGUUGAAGCACCUGACGAUAGCUAAUAUUCAGCAACCAGUAAACAAAGGAUCGACAACCAGACUCUCUACCUCAUCCUCGUACGCGCACUCCAACGCACAGCCUUCCUCCAUCACAGCAACAACCCGAAGCCAUGUCCUCGUCGGAACACCUCGCUACCGACAAUGUAGGCCCCUCACCAGGCCAAGGAUCGUCCUCUUCCACUCUCCAUUCUCACGUCGAGCCUGCUACCACCACUAGCACUGGCGCCUCGAGUGGACCUGGACACGCACACCAGGUCGCGCAAGCUCAAGGCCUCAAGCUAGACACGGCCGCUAGCAACCAGUCGUCGUCUUCCGGUGCAGGAGGGGAAGCUGGACGAGGUGGUGGACCUAUGGAGGGGAGCUACAAAAGACCGGGUGGAUUUGCCGAGAACCCGAAUGCGAGGAGCAAGACGAUUACCUUGGCGGAGGGAGAGAACACUUAUGGGGCCUUGAACCGACACCCAGCUCAACCGCACUCGGCUUCCUCCAUGUUCCCUUCUUACCGAGUCGGCGUGUCCGAGGAUAGGAACAAGAAGUGUAGAAGAACGAUGGAAGAUUCUCAUUCGUUUGUCUAUGAUUUCGGAGGUGUCGUCGGUCAGGGUUAUUUCGCCGUCUUUGAUGGACACGCAGGUAAACACGCCGCCGAAUGGUGUGGUCAAAACUUUCACGAAUUCCUUCUCGACGGUGUGAUCACCAACCCUCACACCCCGAUCCCAGACCUCUUGAACAAGACGUUCCACGCCGUCGACAGGCGUCUCUUCCAACUCGCCGAGGAGGACCGGACUCAUUCGGGUUGUACCGCCGUCACCGCCUUUCUCCGGGUCGAAGAGGAUGACGAACAGGCCAACGAUCAAGGUGGACCCGCCAAGGGAUUCACCAACCCGGGGAUCAAGAGUCGUGGCUUGUUGGAGGGUAAAGGGAUCGAAGAGCUCGAACGUCUCACCUCGGCCGGAGGCGGGUCCAAGGCUACCGUUGGGGGUGCAGCCUCGUCUACCCAGAACCAGGACGAAUCGCUCUCGAGCGGUAACGCUUCGGUCCAACGUCGUUCUUCCCGAAAGAUGAUCAAGGAUUUCGUCAAGGGCCUCACGGGUGGCAAAGAGUCCUCAUCUUCUGGAGACUCGGGGUCUGCGACCGGAAGCGGGAGGGACGGCAACGGGUCGCUCGAGACGAUCCCGGAUGGCACGCCGAGCCCGUUAGCGAGGGAAGGGUCGAUGCCGAUCGCCGAUGGACACCAUAUGGUUGACCUCGUCGAACCCAAGAGUGAGAAGCCGUUGAGGCGAGUGUUGUACACUGCCAACGUUGGGGACGCUAGGGCCGUCUUGUGUCGCGGAGGCAAGGCUGUCAGGCUCACGUAUGACCACAAGGGAAGCGAUGCACACGAGGCCAAGCGAAUCACCGAUGCUGGUGGCUUCGUGAUGAACAACCGAGUCAACGGUGUUUUGGCCGUAACGCGAUCGCUCGGAGAUUCGAGCAUGAAAGAAUUCGUCGUCGGCGCGCCUUAUACCACCGAGACUGCACUGGACAGCGACGACGAGUUCUUGAUCGUAGCUUGCGAUGGGCUUUGGGACGUCACGGACGACCAGACCGCCGUCGACCUCAUCCGAAAGGUUGAAGACGCUCAGGAGGCUUCUAGGGUCCUACUAGACUAUGCCAUCACCAACUACUCGACCGACAACUUGUCCGUCAUGGUGGUCAGAUUCAAGUAGGCGUAGAGGCAGAUGUUUCAUAUUUCCUCGGAUGAAGCGCGCGCGUGUAGUGGAGGGCUGUCAUCUGUGUUCCGCUUCGUUCGGUUGUGAUUCAGUAUGUGAAUAAUAUAUCAAAUGAUCUUAUGAAUGUCCGUACCUCAGG